AUGACUGUGACGAAAGACGACAAUCUAGACAAGGUGCUUGCAUCAGCGGGGUCUUUGGACAAGACGGUAAUAAUAACCAUAGUGAACAAGGCAUAUGUUGAUGGCCAUGGCAUGACAAUGUUGGACUUGUUCUUGGAUGCUUUCCAUCGACGAGGUUUGAGGGAACUGAUGGAUCGUCUUGUGAUUGCGGCCGUUGAUGAAACCUCGCACCGGCGGUGCAGAUAUCUCCGUGGGCUCCAUUGCUACAAGAUGAAGAUGGACGGCCAAGAUUUUACCGGCGAGAAAGUUUACAUGUCGGAGGAUUUCAUCGAGAUGAUGUGGAGAAGAACCGUGUUCUUAGGAGAUGUUCUCAAGCGUGGCUACACCAUACUUUUUACGGACACAGACGUGUUAUGGCUGCGGAACCCUUUCCCACACCUCACCCAAAACCAUACCAUCGACCUCCAAGUCAGCACCGACAACUUCAACGGCGACGAGUGGUCGGAAUCCAAUCCCAUCAACACCGGCUUCUACAUGGUCCGGCCGAGCAACCGCACCGCCGCCCUAUUCGACUCGUGGCACUCAAUGAAGGACACCUCCGGUGGCCUGAAAGAGCAGGACGUGCUGAACCAUCUCCGGCGCCGAAGACUGUUCGCAAAGCUCGGCCUCACAGUUAGGUUUCUCAACACUCUCUAUUUCAGCGGCUUCUGCGAGGACAGCACCAAUGCCUCCGCCGUCACCACCGUCCACGCCAACUGCUGCCGCCGCAUCGCCGCCAAGAUGGCGGAUCUGAGUCAGGCGGGCCGCGAUUUCAGGCGCUAUGAUGGAUUGUCGCCGGCAGCGAAGUUGAGGUUCAAAUGGUCGAACCAUAGCGCGUGCAUGAAUUCAUGGUCGUAA